AUGGCCUGGGAGACGACGACGAACCACUCUCAGUCGGGACUCGUCAGGGAGUCGAGCCUCCAGCGGAAGAGCCUGUCGCGCAAGGGAUCGAGUGCCAGCCGCAAGACGCAGACGUCCAUCAGCCCGAUAGACCAGUCGCUAACGCCGCCGAGCCUGCGCGAGUCCACCCUCAACCUGUCGGCCGACUUCAUGAGCGACCGCGGCUCGUCCAUCGGCAACCGGCGGUCCUCCAUCGCCGCCUCAAGCCCCGAUCCGUUUCCCUACUUUGUCAAGUUCACCACCGAGCCCGUGGAGCCGGUCUACCUGAGCAGGUGGAUCACGCAUCUCGAGCUGAUGCACCACUACUCGACCGCCACCUGCCUCACGCUGCCGAGGUCCAACGACGUCAGCCAGAUAUGGCAGUUCGAGGUCCCGAAGCUGGGCCUGACGUACAUGUUCCUGAUGCACGAGAUCCUCGCCAUCAGCGCCCUGCACCUCGGCUACCUGCACCCGGAGCAGCGGGAGUCGUACGCGCUGCACGCCUCGCAACACCAGAGCGACGCCAUAGUAGGCUUGCGGGAGUCUCUCAUGCAGAUCUCGGCAGAGAACUGCCACGCCCUCUUCGCUACCUCGUCGUUGCUGUUGCUCAACGCCUACUCUACCUUUCCCUACCAGAGGGGGCCACCGCAGAGCCCCGACUCGCCGACCAUCGACGACAUCCUCGACGUGUUCCUUCUCGUCAGGGGCAUGAACCACAUCCUGCUGUCAACACAGCCCAUCAUCCAGGCAGGGCCGUUCGCGCCCUUCUUCACCGAGGUCGUGACCCCGGCGUCGACGCCGCUGCUGGACGCCGUCACGCAGCACCUCAAGGAAUUCCGGUCGGCCCUCGAGGCCGACGACGUCAACUCGUCGAGCAAGGCCGUGGUGUCAAAGGAGAUUGACGUCUUCCUGCAGUGGAUCAUGCACGCCGUCGAGACCACGGCCACGCCGGAGAUACGCGUGGUUCUGACGUGGCCCAUCAACCUCACGGAGGAGUACCUGCGGCUGCUGCGGCACCGCGAUCCCGCGGCGCUGACGCUGCUGGCGUACUACUGCGCCGUCGUCCGCUCGACCGAGGCGACUUCCUGGUUCGUGCAAGGAUGGGGCAUCAACGCGGCGCGGGCCAUCGUGUCGGAUCUGGACCCCGAGUGGAAGGACAUGAUCAAGUGGCCCCUGGCUUUCAUGAGCGACCGGAGCAUCCAGCUAUAA